CAGCUAGCUAGGAUGUUUCUGACCUUUGAAAAGGAAUAAUUCGAGAUGUCUAAUGUGUUGAUUGAAAUUCCAAUAUGUGGAAGGGUAAUGUCGAAAUUAUCAGAUGUUGUAGUUCAGAUGAAACUGAAUGCAGAAAAGUUCGAAACUUUUCAUUUCGGAUCGCAAACCGCUCGCGACUCGAAAUCUUCCACUUACAACUUCACAGAAUCUAUCAUCCUUACUCCUAGCUAUGCAAACUCCAAAGCAGUCACUUCAAUCUCAACUCUGAUCACAUCUCAUCGAUACUAGCGUUCGGAACGUUGAUAUUCCAUUCGCAUACAAAAAGAAAGAGGAAAUAACAGAGAAAAAAAAAGAGUGCUAAAGCGAAGCAACAACAAUCUCAAAUCACCAACUUAACCGAACCUACCUUCCCAAUCACAACCACCACCGCUACCACCGCUACCAAAACAAGCGAAAUGUCAACAGAAAUGGAUAUCGACCCUCCCACCACCACCACCAUCACCACCACCACCAAACCCACCAAAUCAUCAAAAUCCCAGACCCUCACCCAAACAACCAUCCGCUCCCCCGUCUUCUCCUACGCCCACCUCUCUUUGGUUUCCCCCUUCCUAUCCUCCUCCUCCCAAAACACCCCCUCCCUCGACACCCUAACCGCCCGGCACUACCUGACCACCGCCCUCCGCCAAUUCCUCGGCGACACCGGCGCCUCGCUGGCCAUCGACAUGUUGCUAGUCAAGGGCACCGAGUGCUGGGUUCGCGUGCCUCGGGAGGAUUUGGCGGCUUUUGCGGCGGCGGUCACUGCUUACCCGGGCCAGAAUGUGGGAGGGGAAGAACAGAUGUUGAUGAGGGUGGUGGGGUGUGGGGAUUGGUUGGGGGCGUUGGUGGGGAGGGAGGGGGAAGGGAGAGUUUGG